AUGGCUCCUGCAGACAAAUCAUUGAAGUUUGUUCUUCUAGUCUCAUGCUCCCUUAUCGUCCUCAACCUUUUCUGUAUCGAUCCCGUCCAUGCCCUAGACCUCGGUCUUAAACUUAAAGGACCUGCUAAAGCUCUGGCUAAACACUUCAAGUGCAGUAGAAAAUGCGAGUCAGAAUUCUGUAAAGUUCCUCCACUCCUGAGAUAUGGCAAGUACUGUGGGCUAUUAUACGGUGGAUGCCCUGGGGAGAAGCCUUGCGAUGCCCUCGACGCUUGCUGCAUGGAUCAUGAUGCUUGUGUGGGAGCUAAAAACCAUGGUUAUGGCUAUCUAAACAGAGAGUGCAGCCGAGACUUACUGAAAUGUAUGGCAAAGGUAAAAAAGUCAGGAGCUGAGACGUUUCAGGGGAGCAAAUGCCAAGCUGGUGAGGUGAUCGAUGUUAUUACUGAUGUCAUUAAAGUUGCUUUACGUGCUGGAAAAUUUGUUCCCCCAUCAAAAUAGUAUUAGCUAGGCUGAAUUUUCCUUGCUCGAUCGGUCUGCGCGCAUGGAGAUCUAGAGGGAACAAGUUUAA